CUGCAAGUAGUAUAUCAACGUUUCGCACGAUAAUCGUGGGCCGUUUCGCUCUGCGCGUCGACGCUCUUUAAUCGUACGAGUCCACGUGGUAGACGCUAGAAGAUAGACGAAGAGAAGCAACGUUCCCGCUCGAUCACUCGUGCAUUCGACGACGUAGUAUCGUUUUCGAAAAAAAAAAAAUUGUCAUCGUGUCGUGGCACGUGACGAACAAAGAUAGAACGCGCGGUCAAGACGAAGAAGCCGACACAAUGGAUGGACUUUGGAGACAGAAUUUCCUGACCGUCUGUAAGGACCUAAUCGUUGCCUUGGCAGUAUAACGAAAAAAAAUAGAUUCCUGGCUCCCCGAUUACACCUCUACCGAGACCUUCCGAGACACGUCUCGCAAUGUUCUCGUCCACGUUGAGGCUAGCUUUCGGGAUUGGCAACAUCGCGGGUUCGAACGGGUCGCCAUGUUGGUAGUAAUGGCGCAGCUCCACCGCAUGGAGCCAGAGCAACCCUUUGUGUCAAUUUCUCUCCGUUCCCUCUUUGUCCGCUGAUGAAACUCGGUCCAAUGCGACCUCACCGACUCGUUAAACGUACCCUUUUUUUUCUGGAUGCUUUUCGGCGUUCGAGACCGUGUUAGAUUCGCGCAGAAAAUUCAAUUUGGAAGGCUGUACGUUCGAAUGUCCGCCACCGCGGGGGGAACGGAGGGUGUUGGGUCGACACAGUAUUGCCAACUCUAGUUCUGUUUAUCCUAGUACAGUCGGAUUAAAAUAAUAAUACGAUUUGAUAUAAUGAACAAAAAUAGAUAAAUUAAGAAGCCCAAAUAUUUGAAUAAAAAUUUUGCCUGUAUUUAAAAACUAAAGGAAAUGCAAUUUAACGCGUUAAAUCAUUUAUAACCGAUUAUAUUUAUUUACAACGCUCGUUUUUAAACGGCAUACUUCCAUUCUCUAUUUUAACAAAAUUUAAGUGUCUGUACAUACAUAUAAAACGAAGAAUAUAAACAAAAAUAUCCAUCAAUAAUAAAGUCGUCCACAGUUCCAUUUUCUACUAAAGUAAUGGUACAAUUCGCAUACUAUUAUUCUAAAAAUGCACAAUACACCGGACUAAAUAGUAGAAACAUUAGAAUAAUAGACAGUUGGCAACACUGGCUGGCCGGCACGGCUCUUAGGUCGCGGUGCGGGGGGGUUUGGAGAUCUCGCGCUUUUUCCUGAAUCAGGGCGUCCUCGUUGCACCCUUUGGUUCCCUCGAGUUAGAAAGAGAGAGCAUGGUCUCCUGGUGGACGCGGUGGGAGCGCAGAUGCGUCGGUCGGCCUCUCGCACUGAUCAUGAUCUUCGCCAGCGGCCAGCAGCGUGACGUAGCUCGGCGACUUGGCGAUCGCGUUUUCGGCGUGUUUAUUUCUCGAGUUUUCUUGCCAUUGGAGUUCUGAUUCGCCUUGAGACAGUUCGCGAAUCGUCGGCGCAACGACUAACGACGUGCUGGGAGCAUCGUAAACCCCCCGAGACGCUAGGAAGCCGGUAUAUCGUGUAAAAAAACAAUGGCACGCGUCCGACAAACAUCGAGAUUCCCCUGACGUGAGGUGGCGAGCCUCGCGCUCAUUGGCCGCGAGGGCCUGGCCGAUUGAUCGCGCUCCGCCGAGGUCGGGUGACCUUUCCUCGCACAGGGAGUCCCUGGCCGAACGCGUUCAGACGCGUUCGAAGGGAUCUGGGUAUUUCCGGGCGACCCUCGUCGCCUUGCGUCGCCUCUCCCGUGGCCCGGGUCGACAGUCUUCGCCAGCCUUCGCCAGCUUUUGCGAGGAAGGGGCGAGUGCUCGACGGGGGGGCCGUCGUCGGUCCGUGUGUUGUGAUACCGUCACGAGGUGGAAACGAGACGUUUGGUUGUUUGGUGAUCGCCGAUUCCAGUCGAUCUUCGAUGCGGAUUGGAAUCGUUUCGGAAGGGCGACAUCUCAUUUACGAGCGAUCGAGUCCGGUAAUCGACUGGCAUAUCACGGCGCGAAGAUGUUGCCUUUCGGAUAGGGUUGGCCCGAGAUCGACGACCUCCGUUUGCCGUCAAAUGGGUGAUACGAGCUACCAGGAUUACCUCCUGGAUUUGGGGGUUAACGUUAUGGACAAUCUGGUAAAACAAGAGCCGGUGCAGGAGAUAAGCUCUAUGUCGGCGUCCGUUCCCAUCCCUGGAGGUCAUCGAGGAACCAGAGGAGUCUACGAUCAAUUCUCCCCAUCGCCUUUGGCCACGCCUCCCGUUUGGGGUGUCAGACCCGACCAGACGGAUUCGCCCUUCAAGCUGGAUCCCGAUCAACUGGAUGUCUCCUUUAAGAUGGACAACGACGAUAUUUUCCAAGUGGACACGGCCGAUCUUAUUCAAGGUCCCACUUUGGCCGAGCUCAAUGCCAAUGACGAUACGCUUUUGGGAGACUUAAAUUUUGACGAUUUGUUGCUGCCCGAUGAACAACUUCAGCCAUCGAGAGUACCUACCGAGGUAACGCCAACCGGAACAUCUUUCUUUAACGGCGGGCCUGUGUUUGCACCAAGCAGUUUUCCACAGUCUGGAAUCGUGUACCGCCCGGUAUACGCUAGUACCACAGGGUUCAAUGUAAAUGGUAGCGUUAACAUUGCAAAUAAUUCAGAGGCUGUGAGUCCCCCGAAUUUCCCCAGCCCAGAGCCGACAACGAUCGCAGCAAAUUCUACGGCAAACUCUUUGACGUUUCCCCAACCGGUAACAAAGCCUACCGGACAGUCGACUCUCCACGAACUGCUGAUGAGGAGAGCCGAAAAUCCACCGACCAGUCCAAUUUGCACCAACGUCGAUGCAGUGUCCAUGACAGCCAACAAAUCAAAGGUGGCAAGACUUUCGGUCUCGGCGCCCACGCAAUCGAUGGCCCUGGAGCAAUUGUGGGCCCGCAGAGAACCUCGACAGCACCUCCUGAGCACGGGCAGCCUGGGCCUUGCCGAAGUAGGCUCGACCAGUAGCUUCAGCACCGGGGGGGCAUUAAGCCCCGAUCCCCUCGGACACUUGGAUCCUUUUAGUCACGACGAAGGAUACGAGGACAGCGAUGACGACAGCGAUCAUUACGAUGACUACAGCAGCGACAAUGAUUCCGUUGACAGCGACGGAGAGGAGCAGGGCGGCAUAAGAGUGGGAAACGCCGGAAGCGAGUCCGUCCGCGAGGGCCGACCGAGCAAGAAGGAGAGGUACUUCUGGCAGUACAACGUUCAGGCCAAAGGACCCAAGGGUCAGCGACUGGUGGCCCGGGCUCGCCUCGAAGAUCCCCAUGUCCUGAACGAGGCGACGGAUCCGGUCUUCAGUCCCCAUUGCGCGCUUCGAGGGAUCAAGCACAGCGGCAAGGCCCGGAAGGGCGACGGCAACGACCUGACGCCCAACCCGAAGAAGCUCUUCAGCAUCGGACGCGAGCUAGAUAAGUUAUCGCGAGUCAUAAACGACAUGACGCCGGUUUCGGAGCUGCCGUUCACCGCCAGGCCCAAAACCCGCAAGGAGAAGAAUAAACUGGCCUCGCGGGCCUGCCGUCUCAAGAAGAAGGCCCAACACGAGGCCAACAAGAUCAAGCUGCACGGCCUCGAGCAGGAGCACAGGCGUCUCAUCCAAGGCAUAUCGCAGGCCAAGCAGACUCUUGCUGCCAAACUGACCGAACCUGGUAGAGAGAACCAGGAGGAGCUGUCCAAGCAGAUGGAGAAGUACUGUAAACACGCGACGAAGAUACGGAUAGCCAAUCAUUCAACCGAAUUCGUUAACAAAGUGCUGGACAAGGUAAAAUCCGGCGUGCCCGAUGGUGGAAUCGACGAGUUUUAGUACAGAAUCGGCUCUGUAUGUAUUUUUGUCGUCCGUAGUUGUAAGUGGAGGAGGAGAAGAGGAGCCGUGCAGUCGCCACUACACAGCUACAUAUAUUUUCUACAGUUAUUCGUGACCGAUCCAGAGAGUUACUUUUAAUUUAUUUUAAUUAAUAUUAUCCGACAGAGUAUACAUAUAUAGAUAUAUAUGACGCGAGUUAACCGGGACAAAGCCCGCUGCUUAUAUUCCAAUCGGAAAGGAACGGCGCCCUGAUUCUCAGCCCAGGAAGCUUUACGAUCACUGUCGGCCUUAAUACACUCGGCGCUGAAAAAGCGACGAACUUGUCUCUCGACAAAUCUUUAUACAUCGCGCAGAUCCGAAUGGACGUUCCAAAGAGUAUCAUAGUCACUUUUUUUACCUCCAUGUCGAGCUUUGGAAUUCACAGAGGAGCAAUUCAGGCUUGAUUAACCGUGGGGUGGUUUCAAAUAUUUUCGUUUUGCUUUUCAGACGUUUUUCAGGUGUAUAUGAAGGUUCUGUGGAGAAGGACGCUUAGUAUACGAUAAUCGCCAGGCGAUUUUCUUACACUGCUUGAUUUCUGAGAGGGCAGAGUGGUAACUUUCACUAAAAUACCUCGAAAUUAUUUACUGCCAUCCCCUUCGGGAAACGAAUAAUCAUGUACUUUACUUUUGAGUUAAUUAAUCACGAAUUGUUUGUUUAUUUAAAGCUGCGGGUUGAUGGUUAAGUUUGGAUAUGUUGGUAUUGAUCGAUUCAGUUUUGAAUUUAUUUCCCGUUGAUUUAAAAUAUAGGUUUAUAUAAGUAUACGUACGGUUAGUAGGCCUCGAGUAAUUGAGAAAUCGGGAAACGAGAGAUUGUGGUUGAGUAUCGAGAUUGUAUAUAUGUUAUAAUGAUCUAUAAAUGUUGUUUUAAAUAUUAUAAGUAAAUUAUUAUCGUGAGAUAUCGUAUCACGUAGAGUACCUGUAAUUUUAAAUGCUGACAAGAGCUUGGAUGAUUUUGAGAGAUUUUUCUGAAUUUUCUGACCGUUUAAUUUUGACCUCAAUAGAAUAUUAUUCAGUAUAGGAACGUCGAUUUUGAUAUUGCUUUUUACGAGAUUUUUAUAAGAAUCACGUCCACCUGAGACAUCUGAAAAUAAUAUUUUUUAAAACCACCCCAAAAUGGAAAGCAGAACAAAUAACGUGUCGGUAUCACUGGCUCUAACGAAUCUAGUUUUUUUUUUUUUUUUUUUUCAAAGCGAAAAGAUUAAGGAUCGCACUAAGAAUAGCACUUAGAGUACUUCGUUUACCUAAGAAUAAUUGCUUUCUCAUUGCAAAAUCGCUGCGAUUGGGGAUCCACGGUUAUCAAUAUUUCUUUCUCUCUCUUUAACGAACUCGUAUGUUUUUUUUUUAUUUUUAGACCUCGUCAUCAAAACACGUAGCAAUGUAUUAAGUUUGUUAUACAGAUACGAAACAGGUUGCAGCUCUGGUAGAAAACGUGAAUUUAAUUGUUUCAUUAUAUGUAUCAGUUAUUUCGAAGUGUAAAUUUAGUCGACUGUGGAUCUCCAAAAGCAAGCCAGGGUAAGCAUAGCCAUUUGGAUACAUAGUCUGAGUAUUGGUCCUAAGACUAACGUGAAAGUUUUGAAAGACUUUCUUUCGUAUAUGUAGGUAUGCGGGAUUAAAAUACAGGAUUAAAAGUAAAAGUGAAAGACACCCGUUUUAGGGGGAUCUGCCUCUCAGGUAUGACAGUAGUUGAUUCCGUCUACCUCAAAAAGAAUCGCUAUAUCUGCAUAAAACGUUUGACGAUGAAGUUUGCUACCAAUUUAUAUAAAGCAUUAUCCAAACUACACAUACACACACACACACGUACAUAAUAUUGUAUAAUUAUGUAUUCAUAAGUGCUUAUUACAUAAUGUGUAUAUAUAUAGAGAGCAAGUACGAGAUAACUAUUUUAUGCCUAGUUUAUAUAUGUGAACGUAUAUAUAUAUUGGAUCAUAGCUCUGGUAGCUAUCCCCAGUUAGCAUCGACACUAUGCGUUUGAUUUUUAAAUAUAUUUUAUUAAUAUAUUCCGAUAUAUAGAUACUUUAAAGUAUAUGCUACAAAAAUACUGUUAUAUAUUUUUUACACAAUAACGAUAUUACGAAUUUCGCGUCAAUUGGAUCACUGGAAUUGCCUAAAGUCACUUAAGUCGAUCUUAACGAGAUAUUCAGGCUGAAGUCCGGAAAGGAAGUCCAGAUACUUAAGUGGGAAAGGCAUCGGCUUAAUUCGGUUUCCUCCUGCCCAGAAGUUUUUUGAGAUUCGGGAAAGGUAGAAAAAUGUAUUCGUAGAAUAUUGACAUCUUUCAUGAAAAUAGCGCAAGCAGUUGUGAGAACUUACCUUUAUUUUCCAAAGUCCGUCUCACUCUUGCAGUUAAUUAUUUCAGAUCUGGAGAGUAUUUGCUAGCAAAUUUACUUCUCGUGUAUUACCGUUUUGGAUAUUUAGAAAGUGAAUAUGCAACGCGUUAUGAAAGUGGGAAUAUUUAUCUUCUUGAAAUUUCAGAUCCCUUUGGAGAGACUUAGCGAUGUGGGAUUGUUAAAAAAUGUAUCGGAUUCUUAUGGAACUGUAAUUCUUAAUUUGAGCGAGUUGGAACCUUAAAGCAUGUUUUUUUUUUUCUUUGUAAGCACCCCUUUAGCUUUUAAUUGUAUAGAUAUGAUAAAUAUAAUUGUUAGUACUUAAUCGGAGACGCAAGGAACAUCUUUUAGUGGUCUUAUAUGUUUAGAAUUGCGAAGGAAAGAUAUUUUUUUUUUGUUCUUGUAAGACGAGAAUUGGUAACUUGCGAAGGUGAUAUUUCUCUUAAUGAGUAUUUUUAAAAUACUGUUUUAUUUUUGUUUGUUUUGUUGGAGUUUUAAAAAGAAACACUUGUAAUCGGAUACGAACACGGAUUCGUCUGGUUUGGUUGAGAAAUCUUGACCGAUCAUUCGGCACAAACUGUCCCUGUACCGAAGUAAUGUAACUCGAUGUAGUACCUGCCGGUUAGCUUUCUUGCUUAGCGAGUAGAGAUAUGCCUACGAUUUUGCUUCGACAACCCCAUUCAUCUUGUAAAUAGGAUUUAUUUUUUUUACCGACGGAAGGAAAAUGUUUAUAUAGGGACCUGAAAAAUUAGAGAAUAUAAUGUAAAUAGGCGAAAGAUGUUUUUAUCACUAAUUUUGGAGAAAACUUUCAGCAAUCAAUAAGAGAUACGAUAGUUUCGAGGCUAUAUUUUUUAAGAAAAGCUUUUAAUGCUAAUUAAAAAAAAAAAAAGAACAGAAACAAUGAUGUAGAGAAUUGGUUUAACUUUGAGCCGAAGCCUUUGUCAUGUGCAGGAAAGAGCAGGGAGUUAGACGUCAUAUUGAAGGUAUUCACGGUAUUUUAUUCACAUUAUAUUCAUAUUCAAUGUUCUGUAACACUUGUGUAUAAAUAAAUUCUACAUCAUCUGUA